CAAGAUAUACCCCUGUAUGGAUCCGAUUGAAGGACGGGAGUACCUAUUUCGUGCAAUAACGCGGAACCUCGGAUCGUAAAAUACGAAGUACCGUACAUGCCAAAAAGGACCUCCGAGUCGGCCAAACUCUGCCAUCUUCCCAAGUUCAAGUCCUCGCCAGCUCUGGCAUGGUUUCUUCUGGCUGGCCUGCUUGACUGCUUGCACCGGAGGCUGGACUCAGAGGCAUUGCCGUGCCGAGUUGAGAGAAAAUAAAACACUAAAAAAGGGGAGGGGGGAACAGGAGAAAAAAAACGCAAUGUGGCAGCAACUUCAAAGGGCGAGCCUCUUCAUCAGGCUCGUAGCCUACGUCGUCAAGGCCCUCUUCACGCACCACCUGCGCACUCUCCGACUCAAAGUCUACUCGCUCACCUCUCGCUCCGCCCCAGCAGACGACGACGGCGGCGAGCAGCGCACCCGCAACAUCGUCAUCGUCGGCGCCGCCUUCGCCGGCUACCACGCGGCGCGCGUCAUCGCGACGUCGCUCCCGCGGCGCAGCCCCUACCGCGUCGUCGUGGUCGAGCCCAACAGCCACUUCAACUUCACCUGGGUGCUGCCGCGCUUCUGCGUCGUCGAGGGCCACGAGCACAAGGCCUUCAUCCCCUACGGCGGCUACGUGUCCGGGCCGGGCGUCGCCCCCGGCGCCGUCCGCUGGGUGCGCGACCGCGUCGAGUCGGCCGGCCGCACGAGCGUGCGCCUGCGCGGCGGCGAGGAGAUCCAGUACGACUUUUUGAUCGUCGCCACGGGAGCCAACGUGGCCGAGGGCCUGCCGUCGCGACUCGGCGUCGAGGACAAGGCUGAUGGCGUGGAGCUCCUCCGGGCAUACCAGCAGCGCAUCAAGGACGCGAAGCAUGUCGUUGUUGCCGGUGGUGGUGCUGCUGGCGUUGAGGUCGCCACAGAUGCCAAGGCGGCCUAUCCCGAGAAGGACGUCGUGCUCGUGCAUUCGCGGAGUGCCGUCAUGCACAGGUUCAGUCCGGGACUGCAGGCCGCGACGGUGGAGGCGCUCGAACGGCUCGGUGUGAAACUCGUCCUGGAGGAGAAAGUGGUGUCUCACGAUGUUGAGGCGAACACCGUGUCGCUCACCUCGGGCACGACGAUCGAGUGUGACUGUUUUGUGAACUGUACCGGUCAGAAACCUGCUUCUGGACUCAUCGCCGCGCUCUCCCCGACCUCCGUCUCAUCCUCCGGGCACAUCAGCGUCAAGCCCACGCUGCAGAUAACGGAUGACUCUCUCCCCAACGUCUACGCCUGCGGAGACGUCGCAGAGACCCACACGCCGAACCCCAACUCCCGCUCGGCCAUGCGCCAGGCCGAGAUCGUUGCCGACAACGUGCUCAUCGCCAUCCACGGGAAGGAACCUCGGUACACGUACAAGCCACAGUGGGGUGAUGGGCUGAUCAAACUGACUCUCGGAUUGGACCGCUCCGUCCUCCAGUUUUGGGACGGGAAGAGCGAGAUGCUCUUCCCGAGCGAGGAGAAGGACUUGGCCCUGAUGGUUGACUCGGUAUGGACGAAGAUGGGGGCGAAGCCGUUUGAUGACACGGGUGAAAUGAAGGCGUGAAGUGAAGGCGAAGGAAAUAGACAGGGUCUUUCUAUCAUAGGUAAUGUUUGUAAGUGAGCCCAAUUGCGUGACUGUCGGGGUACAAGGUUGUUACUUUGCACCGAGAUAGGCUGAGAUACGAGUCACUGGUCCCUAUUCACUAAUCCCAAGG